GGGCGGGGUGAGGGAGAGCGGCGUCGCGCGCUCCGGGGCUAGAUUUGGGUCGCGUGCUCCAGGGCGAAAUUCCAAGCACAAUGCAGAAGCCGGCGCUUCAGAACGUACAGAAUGUUACACUCAGUUUAACGCUGCCCAUCUCGUGUCAGAUCUGCCUGGGGAAGGUACGCCACCCAGUUAUCUGUUCAAACAACCAUGUCUUCUGCUUCAUGUGCAUGGAAUCCUGGCUCAAAAACAGCACCCAGUGUCCAACUUGUAGGAUUCCGAUCACUUCUGAAAAUCCUUACAAGGAAGUUUUGGGUGGAUCAGAUGGAACAGAAAAUUGUGACAGUUCAUCAGUCAAGCGAUCUCUGCGAAAAACCAGGCUUGAACUGUUACAUACAGAAUAUGAGGAAGAAAUUGAGUCCUUACAGAAAGAAAUUGAAGACCUUCGUGGCAAAAAUCUGAGCCUGGAGUCACAGCUGAAGACUGUCUUAGAUCCAGCGGUGCUGCCAACCAAAGAUAAGGGUGGAAAGCAGAGCCCGACUGGACAGGACAGUGUGCCUAAUUUAACCAGUCAGCGGGAAUGGAGAGCAAAGGUCAAAGCAGCCACUGAGAUCUAUGAGAAAACCAAAGUGGAUUUGGAUAAACUUAAGGAAGCAAACCGAAAACUUCGUAUGCAAAAUGGUGAUCUUGUGCGAGAGAAUUUGCAUCUGAAGGCUGAAGUGGAAAACAGAUCUCCACAAAAAUUUGGAAGGUUCACUGUUGCUGCCCUUCAGUCAAAGGUGGAACAAAACGAGCGUGAGAUGAAUCGUCUGAAAAGGGCUUUGGAACGGAGUGACAAGUACAUCGAGGAUAUGGAGUUCCAGAUUGAGCGAUUGAAGGGAAAGAGUCAGAAAAGUGAAAACAAUGGUGUGAAACUCUCUUCAGAGUCAUCACCUUCUUCUGAACACGCUGGAGAAAAUGGAAGCAGUGGGGAAUUGUGGGACGGACGCGAAGACCUCCAAGAAAAGAGGAUUAUGCCUUUGAGAAGCCUCAGUGAAAUUGAGCAGUCAUCUGUCAACCAGUUGGCUAGUGCUCAGUCUUGCCAGGAUAAUGUAGGUAAAAUAGCAUGCGAGUCUCUUCCAAAUAAACGUCUCCCUACUGACAAUGGACUUUUAGCUACAGCCACUGUUGACAAUGUUUUGCGUAGUCCUGCAUCCGAUGCAAAGGAUGAAGAACGCGUCUUGUCUGCUAGUGAGAGUGAGAUCCGAUUUGAACUUCCUAGCCCAUGUACACCAUCUACGUCACUUGGUGGCCUCCACCUUGAUAGCACAGAUGACGAAGCCAGUCCCCUGAUGAAAAAGAGAGGAGGAGACAAGAAGUUGGGCUACCUGAGAAGACUUUGUUUUGAUGAUGCUCGUUGGAGAAAUGCGUGUUUUGAGGAGCAAAUUUUGUCGAGGCAAAAUGUUGAUUGCAAUCGUGUGCAGAAUGCUGACCUUGUAUCUGAAAACUUGAUGCUUUGGGAUUGUCAUCCCGGUUCUACUGAAAGUGCUCAUAAAGGAAAUUUAAGAAAGAGCUCUCAGACUCCUGUAUCUGAUAAUCUCAAAUCAAAGGGCAAAAUGUCAGAUUUAAUAGGUAGCCUGGUUUCUGAUGUUCCUUGUUUUGCUGAGUUUAAAAGUCAACGUUCCAGGACCUCCAGUGAGACAUCAAUGGAGGCCGCCUAUCGGGAAAAGAUAUCGGAACUGGAUUUCAUGUUGGAUGAAACUGAGAAUACUCGAAAUCCUCGGUGCUCUCCGUUAUCCCAAGAUCUUUCUGACCUUGACACGUCUUCAACAUCAGAUCUGGCGCAGUGUGCUGAACUUUUAAAUGAAGCUGAGAAAAGAUUAGAGCAGAAAAGGAGGCAAAAUCAGCUGCCUGUCUCUGACACCAGAGAACAGAUGAAAAACAGGGGGAAAAGUGCAGUUCCAUUGCCCUCAGUGUCUCCAGUCACUUCAAACCUAAAGGAAGAAUAUUUGUCUUCAGAAGAGAAAUCCGCUUUCCAUUGCAGGUUUAAUUCCCCUUUUCUUUCGGUACCUUCAGAGUUAUCUGUCCUCGAGAACAAGAAACCGUCUUUGUGGAACUGUUUAAUGGCUGAAAAUGAACAAUUGCUGGGACCAGCCAACAGAUGCCCGACCAGUAAGAGAAAGCCACCAAAUUAUGGUGAGGACUUGGCCAGUCCAUCUAAAACUUCAAAAAAAGAUUUUGUGCCUUGAAAUCCUAACUCCAUGGUAAUUCCUCUGACCCCCACACUCCCUGUGGAAUCGUGAAUCCAUCUGAUCAUCACACUGUGUUUCAUCCUUCUCCUCCCACACCCCAAACCAUAUCUUGUUAUUAUGUCCUGUAUUAUUUGGGACAGCACAAUUACACUUUCCCUGUGGGUACACAUUUCCUGUUUUUACAAUCCAAUCACCUAUAUUAAUCCUCAUUAAAUGGGAUGAGAACCAUGCUAUGAGGCAUAGAAAAGCAAAAUAUCAGGUCUGGUGUGUCAAAUGCAAUUGCAGUUGUUCAUUGUUUUGUAGUUAAAUUAUUAGGAGAUUUGGAAGCUGCCAUGCUCACUUCAAAUUGGCAACUAAAAGUAAGCCAGUCAACUACUUUUGAAUUUAACACCCAACAAUGUUCACUCUGAGCUAUUGUGUGCAGUAAAUUUCCAACAAGUAUUUCUGAAAU